UAAAUGUCUUGGCCGUGCGCGGAGGUGAAAGAAAAGGAUGUGAUGUUGAGCAGACGUAGGUGACAGUGAUAUACGUGUAAAUAAGAAAUGGACAGUUAGUACGAUUCGAAUCAUUUGUGUUGUGAAAAAGAGACCUUAGAUUGAAAGGUCCGGUGUUAUUUACGUCGAAAUAAUCACUGUGUAUACAUUAGCAGAUACAACUUCUUCAAGAAACUUUUGUUUGCCUGCAGUAGUAAUGUUUUGAAGUUACGUGUUCCCUUACUUGUUUAUUUUUGAAACAGUUUUUGAUAGUAAUUUGUCGUGGUUCCCAAGUUUCGGUCUAGUUUGAACUAAGUUAAUCCAUGAUCCCCCAUUAUUUAAGUAUUUUACGCCGUUGACGAUUGUAAGAACUGCAUGUAUGGAAGUAUCCGCAAUUUUUAAUGACCAGCCAGAGGCUGAGGAACUCACCACAGGAAUUUUUGGUGAUUUGGGUGAAGAACCAUGGUUGAAUGUCACAGGAGGGGAUUCAGAUAUGAACAUGUUUUUCCACAGGGUAGGUUCAGAUCAGAUUAUAUAUCAGAGAAGGAAGAAGAAAUGUAAAAUAAUUGGAAAAUAUGUGAUGGGAGAUUUACUAGGUGAGGGCAGUUACAGCAAAGUAAAAGAGCUGUUAGACACAGUUUCUCUCUGUAGAAGAGCAGUAAAAAUAUUAAAGAAGAAGAAACUGAGGAGAAUCCCAAAUGGGGAACAGAAUGUUCAGAGGGAGAUUCAACUGCUGAAAACACUACAACACAAGAAUGUAAUACAUUUGGUGGAGGUGCUGUACAAUGACGAAAAACAGAAAAUGUAUAUGGUAUUGGAAUAUUGCGUUGGAGGACUACAAGAUAUGCUUGAAAGUGCACCUAAAAAGAAGUUCCCACUUUGGCAAGCACAUGGGUACUUUAGUCAACUUAUUGAUGGCUUGGAGUAUCUUCAUAGCAAAGGAAUUGUUCACAAGGACAUAAAACCAGGAAAUUUGCUUCUGACACUUGACGAAACACUCAAGAUAUCAGAUCUAGGAGUUGCUGAGUCAUUACAUCCAUUUGCAAGGGAUGACACUUGUUCAACAAAUCAAGGCUCUCCUGCAUUCCAGCCACCCGAAAUAGCAAAUGGUCAUGAGAGAUUUGCUGGGUUCAAGGUUGAUAUUUGGAGCAGUGGAGUUACUUUGUAUAACAUCACUACUGGCCAGUACCCUUUUGAAGGUGACAACAUUUACAGGUUGUUUGAAAACAUUGGAAAUGGGAAGUUUUCAAUACCAAAUGAACUUGACAAUCUCCUCACAGAUUUGCUUAGAGGGAUGUUGGAAAAAGAUCCAGAAAAGAGGCUCUCUCUACAACAAAUACGACAACAUCCGUGGUUCUUACACAAACCAGAUCGAACUACAGAGUAUGUUCCUGUGCCUCCUCUACGUGGAGAUGAUUAUCAUAUGAUGACAGUUUUGCCAUAUCUUAUGGAGUUCCACUAUGGGGAAGAAAUUUCUGGCACUGAAAAUCAUGUUGAUUAUAUUACAGAGCACCAACUUAAUGAGGAACGAAAGCAGCAGCAGCAGCAGCAAGAGACACAAGGACAGUUGAGACUGAAUGCAUCAGACUCUCAUCCACAUGCUGGUAGCGGUGGAAGUAAACGGCGCUGGAGACGACCAAUCUCGUGUAUUAGUGUAAAAAAAUUUCCCACUUGUAAGCAGUCGUAGCACCUCUUCUAUUCACUGGUGGCUCCCUUUCUACAAGAAGACCACAACCUCUGAUGAAUCUUCUGGUCAAGAAAUCCCAACGAAAGAAAGGAAAACUUUUGAGAUAUCCACGUACAACAAGUUUCGUCACAGCGAUCAGAUGAAGGGGGAAGUAGUUACCAGCUCAUUCAUCAGUGGAUUAGUUGUGAAUACAUUCAGUUUUCCAAAAACAAUCAAAUUCCUUUCUCUUACUCACAAGAAAGCUUAUUGACAAGGAAGAUUCUCCAUUAACAACAACAAGGUAGAGGAUUUGAAGAAAGUGGAAGUUUGCAUUCAGGGCUAUGAAUCUUUCAACAAAUAAAUAUUCAGUUAGCCAACUAUCACUGAAAUGACUGAUAUUCUUCAUUCAGAUGUAGAAGAUGCAGGACUAGAAUAGUUAAUUAACAACACUUGUGAUUUUACAGAAUGACUAGUAGCAUGUAAUGACAUGCAAUAUCUAAGAUUUGCCUUAAAAGAAGAAGGAGGAGGAGGAGGAGGAAAGCUCUGUUUAGGCUAUCAUACCAAUAUGAGUGAAAUAUUAGUUGCUUUUCUACAAGUGAAGUGCAUUUUCUUAUUGAUUAUUCCAUGGAAAUAAAGAAAAGUAGUAGAGUUCAUAAAAGUGAUUUAUUACAGAAACAAUACAUGCAGAAGUUUUUAAACCUGUUAUAUAAUCAAGAAUGGACUAAGGGAUAAAACAGUGUGUCAGUACAUUGGGAAAAUAUGUCAUUUACACAUAUAAUAUGUACAGAUCUGUUAAAAACAAUGUACUCUUGUGCAGUUACAUUGAUUGUUAAACUUGACUAGUGUUCAAUAACUGUUAUCCAAAAAUUUGUUCCAUAUAAAGAGAUAUGGUUGUCAAUGUAUUUUUAAUUUUUCACUUUUAGCAUUUCACUUUUGUAUGUGGAUAUACGUUUCCUGUGCUCUAUUGAGAACUGUGGGGUCUAGAACUAGCAUCACUAUUUAGGCUAGUAUUCAUCUGCAACUUUUCACCUAUAUAUCUUUGCUUUUUGAUAAUGCUUUUAAUAUUAGGUACUGUUCACUAUGCCCACAUAUUGGAGAGGUAGGCUUUUGAUCAGUUGAAACUUUCAGAUAUGUUAAAGCAAUGAGGAGCUGUGAUAUGUCAGGCUUUCUCUAAAGAUCUGUUGCAUAUACACUUCUCGGGUUUGCUGCUGUGUCAUAUUGUGCAAAUCCUACAAUAUUUCAUUGAUACAUCUGUUCAGUGGUAGAUGCUGUUGUCACUGGUACAAGAUGCGACUGCUGAUAAUCGUGCAGAUGUGUUGAAAUUUAAUAGGCCAGAAGCAGGUAAUUGAAAACCUGCAUCCCUGUUGAAAAGAUUGUCCGCUGUGCAGGUAUUUACAGCCUCCUUAAGAACACAGUCCUAGAAAGAUAACACUGAGGAUAGAAUUUCAGUCUUCUUGUAAAAUGUGCAAUGCCGUGUGCCCAGGCAAUGCUCCACUACUGCUGAUUUAUCAGGUUGCCCCAGGCAUGUACAAAGAUGGUGUUCAACACAACACCCUUGCACGGUUUGGCAUGUCUGCUCAAUAUAAGAUUUCCCACAUUGGCCUGUGAUCUUAUAUACACUACAUUUCCUAAGGCCAAGAUCAUCUUUGACCAAACACAACAUAUUUCUCAAUUUUGCUGGUGGCCGGAAAACACACUUAAUAUAGUGUCUCUUGAGGAUUUUUUCUAUUCUUGAAGAGCAUGGGGUAGCACAGUCUUUGCCCACAGUGCAUGCACAAAAGGCCUUGCUGCGACUUCUUGCAGGGGACACUUGGUGCACCGCUUUCCUCCAACUACGAAAGUGUUCCUGCGUACAUGUAUUGCCUGCUCCUGGCCUUAUAAAUUUCAAUUCCAAUGCACAAUUAUCAUUGGUCACAUCUUGUAGCAGUGAAAACAGAAUCUAUCACCACCUGAAGAUGUCAGACUCUCAUAUCAACAAAAUAUUGCGGGAUUUGCACAGUAUGAUCUGGCAGCAAACCUGAGAAGUCUAUUUGCAAUGAGAAGUUAUUUGUCACUAUAUUUAGGAGUACGCAUGGGUUUUGUACUGAUAAUACCUUUGUUAAUGCAUUAUUCAUUUAGACUCUUUAAUAAUUACUGGUAUUCUUGCAUUGACUAUAACUUAUUUGGUUCUUGCCCCGUUCUUACAAAUUUGUCAAGUGAUGUGUAUUUAUUUGUUUAAUAGCUUUUCAGAUUUUUUCAGUUAUUCACUUUGUACCUCCCACUUUUUCCCCCAAUUUAAACUUCCAGACAUGAGUAGACAAGGGACAUGUGUACUAGAUUUUCUUCUUUAAAUCGGAUUGUAAUAAAUUUUUAUUGCUUUGUGUUGUGUCAAUUAUGUUAUAUAUACCUCAUAAUGUUUUUGUAUCCUGGUUAUUGUAUCAGUUCAUGUAACAGAUUUGGUACACUAUUAUUGUGUGUAAUGACACUAUGUUAAGUAUCAAGUAGUAUAUUGCACUUCACGUGUUUUUAAAAUGUUGUCAUGUAUUGACAGUGUUUCUGACAACAGUCGGUGCCAUGUGACAUUAAUAUUACUUUACUGUUUGGGUUGUUAUCAUCAUAUUUUGUUCAUGCAUAUUGUAUUAAGGUUAUAAUUGUUUUAUUAUAUGACACUACUUAUUUUGAUGUGUUAGCUAUCAUGUUUGUAUCUUUGGUGUGUAAUUUCUUUGGUCAUGUAUAUCUCACACCUAUUUGGUCCCAUCUGUAAUAGUAGCAUUGAGAUUUUUUUCUCUGCCAUUUAAUGGGACAUAAUGUUUCACUUUUGAAAAUUUCAUUCUUCUGGAUGUACACUGAAAGUUUGACUCUACUGGAGAAGUUCCUCACAUAUAGAAUUACGUAUGACAUAUGAAGUCUUUAUUGUUUUCUUUUGUAAAUAACACAAAGAACUAUUUUUA